AUUAUGUUUUUAUUAUUGUUGUUGUUGCAGGGACUCGCACAAAACGUCAAAACAACGACGCCGGUAGUCGGUACACACAUUUCACUAUUUCACUAUUUCAGUAUUAAUAUUUAAUUUACGGACAGGAACUGCACUCGACAAUAGCAAUGAUAAAGCCAAUGCCGCAAGCGGUACCGGUUGGCGAAUACUAAUUGGUAAUUAGCGUAACACGUCUUAUCGGCUGUAAGUUAUCGCACAACCGAACGUCUCGAGUCUUUUUAAAAGUCAACCGUAGUCAUUUGUUGAUGAUGAAGAUGUUGACAAGGUAGUUUAUAAAAACGUUCUUCAGUACCUAAUUUUGUCUAAGUCCAAAUGACAAGUUCCUACACAGAGUGACGUGAAGGUGCUUGUUGUGCACAGUAAUUGAUUUUACAGUUUAUCAAUGAUAAUAUUAAUAAUAUCGGAGCAGUUUGAUCUGCAUUCGUAGUUGUGUAUAAUCGGAGAUCUUGUAUUCGUAGCAUUUUACAUUCGGUGUAAUAUGUUCGGAGCAUUAUAUUGUCGUAGCAGUGAAUUAUCGUGGCAGUGGUAGCAAACCGUCAUUGGAGACGAGCUGCAACGUCCGAAGCACAUUUCGUUACACCGCGGCCCUCUUUGAAAUACUAGUGCGGUAUUAAUUAUUGGAGUCAUAAUCUAUAGUCGUCGCCGGUGACCACUGUCAGUUAAAUAUAAUAACAGUUCCUGAUUAAUAUUGAUGGUAAGAUGUUUAGCGUGGCGGCCGUUCAAAGUGCUUUCCAUGAAUCUCUAGUCCAGGACGAUGACGUGGACGUGAAGAACUACGUGUUGGCCUAUCAAGAACUUUGCAAAUUCUGUUCGCAGCUGGGGGGCUUGUUCGGUUUCGUUGUCAGCGAUCUCGAGGAUAAGAUCGGACUCCUUAACCGGCUGGUGACCGAAGACGAGCAACAUUUUUCCACUGUUCAGAGUAUGAUAACCCACGAGAUUUCCAAGGAAUUGGUGUUCUCUGGUCGUUCAGGCUCCAUAACAUUGUUGAGAUUGCACCGAGGUCUUGAAUUCAUUAUUCUAUUCAUGUCUAAACUGGUUGGCCUACAACCUAAUGAUAGCACGACACACUCUGCUCAAGAAGCGUACAGCCAAACAUUGGCCAAACACCACUCUUGGCUUAUAAGAAACGGUGCUCUGUUUGCUAUGAAUUUCCUUCCCUGUCAAAAAGACUUGUAUAAUCAGACUCUUGGCGAUGCUCCCGCAGAAGAAACAUUGAAUACAAUGCCUGAAAUGAUUUCCAAAGCUUCUAUGGUUCACGAAAGGGUGAAUAAUCUACUUUCAAGCUAUGAAAUUCUGAAUAUACCGUGAUAACUUUUGAAUUGACGUACAGUGAAAUAUUUAGUCACUUUGUACUAUGUUAAUUUUAUAUGGCAUAGACUUUCUAUGUUAUACAUUGAAGAAAAGUAUACACAGUGAUAAUUUCCAUUGGUUGCUAAUUAUCUGAAAACAUUUUAUUGAAUAUUAUUGUGUAUUAAUUCCUUGGUCAUUAUGGAAUCAUUUAAGCUUUAAAUUUCUAUAAUUUACUAAUAUAUUUUUAUUAAAGUGUCUUGUAUCUUAUACCUGAAGUGCCCUAUUUAGAAAUGUGAAAUAAUUGGUCAAUUUCUGUUGCAAUUAUUCUCAUCACAAGCAAUUUAUCAAACUAUUAAAAUAAUUUUAGUAUGCCAAUAUUUUUAACAUAUUUUGAAUUAAAAAUUAUUAUGUCUUAAGUUUCCAUUAAAAAAAAAGUAAAGUAGUAGGACACUCGUAAAAGGGUCAUGAUAGAUAGCUUAAAUAAUUCUAUAAUGACAAAAGAACAAAAAAUAAAAAUGUUCAUAUGGUGUUUAUAAAUAAUUACAAGCCUGCAAUAAUACUAUUACCAUUCAGCAAUCUGCAUAAGGUAUAUUAAAUUAUGUUAUUAAUAUUUUGCUCAAUCAUUUAAAAAAAAUCAUAUUAAUAUUAAUAUUAAUAAUUGUAGGUAUACAUUAAGUUUUAAAUUUGUUUAAUUGAUAUUUAGUUUAACAAUUAAUAAAUCUUCAUGAGACCAUAUAUUAUAUUAUAUGUACAUUGAUUUUUCAUCUCUAAUUAUUUAAAUGCCAUAUAAAAUAUAAAUUAUAAAAUAUACAUUUUUAUCUUAAAAUUAUAUCAAGCGAACUUGAUUGGAUUUUUAGUUUGAUUUUGAUAAUGAAUAUAAAUACAAAUUAAUAACUAAUAAUUUUGAUAUUUUAGUUUCCAUUAUCAUGUUAUAUAGCUCAAUGUUACAUUAAUUUAAAUAUUUAGUUAUCUAAGAAUUGGAACAUAGACUCUUAAAAUAUAUUUUAUGGUCCUAUACAUUGUCAUAUUUAUGUUAUAUUUUUACAAUUAUUUUAUAUCUAUUUCAGUUAUUUUAGCUAUAUUUAUAUUUAUAUUUUCGUAUUUAUCUGUUACUGUUAUUUCAUAAUAAAUGUAUAAUGUUAAAUGUAAA